UUGCAGUAAGGUCUUUUUUGAGUGUGUUGACCGGAUAAAUCAGUGAAUCGUUGUCGAAAGAGACUGAAAGUGUGUUUUUUUUCUAUUUCACUUUGAGGAUCUUUUUCUAUAUUGUUUUUUUUUUUUUUUUUUUUUUUUUUUGGUGGUUGUUCAUAUUGUUCAUAUUUUGUGUUGUUUAGUGUUGCUGGAAUAUAAAGGAGUUUUGAAGACUAUAAACGAGAGGGUAUGGAACAUCUAAAGCUUUGCCAGCUCGUAGGGCACUUCCCCUUCAAUCUGAUCACGGGAAGUCAGCUCCUUUUGAUCUGACAAAAAAAGAAAAAAGAAAAGAAAAAAGCAGUAACGCGUAAGAUAACGAAAACGGACCGAAGAGACAAGGCCACAUCUGAAAGAAAACGGAGAGAAGAGGCAAUACAACUGAAAGAAAACCGAGAGAAAAGACAAGGCAAGGGAAAGAAAACAGAAGAAAAGAGGCAAGACAAGGGAGAGAAAACUUAGAGAAGAGACAAGGCCUGGAAAAGAAACACCCAAACAAACACCAUGGAAGUCCUCAUCAACGACACGACCAAUGACCACCCUAACACAGACAAAGUGCACAACUGGUCUCUCAUACUGGCAAUGGUUGUGACUUUAACAGUGAUGGUUAUCGGGUCCCUCGGAAACCUGCUCACGCUUCUCACCGUAGGGCACCAGUUCUGCAUGCCCGUUCGACUAAGGUGCAUCAAAUACAUGACACCUGACACUGUGCUCAUCCUUAACUUGGCACUGGCGGAUUUUCUCUACUCGGCUGUUAACCUGCCCUUUAUGUUCAGUACUUAUUACAGUAUAUAUAUGACGCAGAAAAACGUCUCAGGGACAGCCACAGAACCUUGGGAAAAGAAUAUGGGCGCCUGCAGUUUCUCAGCUUUCCUCAGAUACACCAAUGCUUUCUCAGAAUGGAUGACUUUGGGUCUUAUGGCCUUAGAGAGGUGUAUUUGCAUCCACAAGUUUCGCCACAACAGUAGACGUCCAAGCAAGUGGUUUACUUGCUGGAAAACCUUUAUUUACUGCAUAAUCAUUUGGAUGCUUGGUAUAGCAUUGCAAGUGCCAACAUACGUCGGGGCGUACGGGAGUUUUGGUUACAACCCCCGCACCCUCAAGUGUGACUUUAUUGGCAAGAACGGAGCGAAUCCGCGCGUCUUGUUUUUCACCAUGGAGACUGCUAUCCCCUGCAUUCUCAUUUUCAUUGGAAAUAAAUUCAUCUUGGUCCAAGUCUACUCAAACAACAGACGUAUUCUUUCGGUUAUGGGGUCACACACAUUCCAGCAGGCUCAGCUUCGCCGCAGCCGAACCACCAAAGUUAUUGUUCGUCUUUUAAUCGUGUUCCUCGUAUGCGUCAUACCCAUCUGCUUAUAUAACGUCAUCAUCAAAGACGAUGCCCCUUUACACGAAACAGUACCAGAACUCGGCAUAGUGCUGUACUGCAUCUACUUCCUGCAGUAUUGCAUCAACAACUUCAUAUACGUUGUUUGUUUUGAAAAGUACCGUUGCGCGUACUACCAGUUCCUCUGCUUCAUUCUGUGUCGGAAGGUGAAGCCGUUAACGCCGGUUAAGACCCUUCCUUUGCGUACAAGCGACCAAGUCUACACGAUUAGCAGACCCCACGGUCUUCAGGUACCGGAGAUGUUUCCCCGCUCGCCCUCGGAGUGUGAGGAGGAGAGACGUGCUGAAAACGACCCAGAAUACCAACAAUGGCAGAGAAAUUGGCCGAAAAGCUCGCUCUCGUCCCAAGCCAGUAUCGGUCUGGAGAUUCCCGAGUCGCGCCUUGCCUCGUCGCUCCGGUCGCAGGAAAGUGUCACCUUUGAGAGCGACGUACUCGGCAGGAGGCACACCUUCGGGAGUCUAAGUGUGUGCUCGUCCACUGCCACUCUGGUCCUGCCCGCUGCGAGGAAAGUCUCCCUCAAGAAAAAGCUCAAGAGGACUUUUUCCAGAUGAGGGUUAGCACGUUGGGUCAUGACGAGAAACAUGGUCCACUUUUAAAGCGGUUGCAAUGAACAGCCUUAUGUAGUGUGUGUUUUUGCAUAUUUGAA